GGUAGUUGUGUGGAAACAUGGAAGAAGAAAUGUCGAGUGAUAAUCGUGCCCUAAUCGCGUUAGAAAAGUUUGAUCGAGAGAUACUUGCCAAGUAUAAUUUACGUUUGUUAAAUCGAUGCGUUUAUGCUCUGUCGUCUUUGUAACAAAAGCAUCGGUCGAUUGGUAAUCUUCGCAUGCGCUUGACCGAAGUAUUCGGCAGGACGGAAUUCAUUUUAUCCUCGAACGGGAGUGCGUAAACGUAAACUUUCAGAAAUGGCAGAUAUUAAACAGGAACACAAAGGCGAGGACACCGACAAUUAUGGAAUGGGUAACAGCGCCGAUCCAAAGAACAUGCAAGAAUUGACGCAAUAUGUACAAACGCUAUUACAGAACAUGCAGGACAAGUUUCAAACAAUGUCAGAUCAAAUUCUCGGACGAAUAGAUGAAAUGGGAAACAGAAUAGACGAUCUCGAAAAGAACAUUGCGGACUUAAUGACCCAAGCUGGAGUGGAAGGGGGAGAAAAAUAAUUGUAUUCUUUACAAAACAUUGAUAUUUGAAUAAGGACAUCUUUAUCGACAUCUACAGAUAUCAUGAAACAAGAACAUUUGUAGGAUACUAAAAUGCAUCUUUUGAAUACAAAAAAAUAAACUAACAAUUUUUACAAU